AUGGAUUCCAUAAACUAUGUCCCCAAUGGAGGCCUUGCUGCAACUCUAAAUGCCAACAUCCAUGGAAAUGGAACUCAAACCUUGGUCCUUUCCUAUGGCUAUGGAUUGGACCAGAAUGUUUGGCACCUCCUCCUUCCUUACCUUGUCUGCUGCUUCAAGGUCCUGACUUUUGACUUGGCCUUCUCACCAAAUGUCACCCCAGAUUUCUACAAACCAGACAAGUACUCAACCCUCCAUGGCUACUCACAAGACCUUGUCAACCUUCUCGACGAGCUUCAGCUCAAGAACACUGUCUACCUUGGUCACUCCAUGUCAGCCAUGAUUGGUGCCAUUGCAGCAACAGAAAGGCCAGACCUUUUCCAACACCUCAUCUUGCUCAGUGGCUCCCCAAGGUAUCUCAAUGACAGUGGUUACUAUGGAGGGUCUGAGAUGCCACAGCUCAACACCCUCUUCCACACCAUGGAGAAGAACUACUCGAACUGGGUUCGCAACUUCGCGCCAGCAGCAGUUACCGUGAGUGACAAGGCAGCCGUAGCAGAGUUUGAGCAGAGCUUGGGGAGGAUGAACCCUAAGGUAGCUGUAGAUGUUGCUAAGGCUGUGUUUCUUGGGGACCUGAGAAGGGUUUUACCUGAAGUUACAGUGCCUUGCUCUGUGAUCCAAUCUAGAGAAGACUUAUUUGUGCCAGAGUUUGUGGGACAUUACAUGCAGAAGAACCUUGGUGGAGCUGCAAAGGUUCAGUUCCUCAAGGCUCAAGGGCAUUUCCCACAGCUCACGGCUCACCGUUUGCUCCUCAAGGCUUUGAAGAAGUUGCAUUUGAUUAGUGGGAUUAAGAAAUGUAGUCCUUCUUUGUUGUGAGUCGGUGUCGGUUGUGUGAUCGUGAGGUCUUCUGUUCGAAUUUCUGUAAUUCUCACCGGUAAGCACUUGG